CUCAGUGCUUUGUUGAUUGACGUCAGAGAACGUUCCCAGCACAACCUAGAGACCACAACAUCACCCUGUGUCCUCAACAUGUUUGAGGGAAAUGCUGAGGGAAAUGAGGGAAGUGCUGCUUCUGCCAACAGUGAUGAUUUCAAGAAUGACUAUGCCUCCCUAGUCUCCAUGUUGGUCAUUCGACUUUUGAGGAAAGUUAGCUUACGCACUUCCACCACCCAUCAGGACGGAGUUCCGGAUAAAGUUCUGGAUAUCUCCAGGCAAUUGAUCCAGAAGAUUCUGUGUGAGCUUGACACACGUUUUGGUAUCACAGGUGAUGAAAGUCAUCCGCAGCAAGUGAAUUUUCACCUGAUGUACCGAAAUGUUUACAAGGAUCUUACUAGAGAGUUUGGGUCUGAAGAUGUGCUGUGCUCUGCCCUGGAAUCACAAGAUCCAUCUUUUGAGUCCUCCCUUGUGGAGAAAUUGACAGGAGAGAUUGUAAAAACUUGUAGCCAAACAAACUUAGCAGCUUCUGAACCUAGGAUCCCACCGAUUAAAGCUGUAACUGGACUACAGCAAAAUAAUAAGACCAAAAAGAAAAUUACUCCAUCCUGGCUGAAGAUGCCAAAAUUCAAUUGGAAGAAAUCAAAGAAUGGAGCACAAAGUCUCCUUGACUGUGAAGGCUCUCUUGUUCCAAGCACAAGUUCCUCUCAGGUUCAGGCCAUGAAGAGCGAGCUGAGGGACUCUCUGGCCGAGGUCACCAAGGCUCCUGAGUGUGCUGCCGACCAUCAGGAGAUGGCUCAGGAGGAAGAGACCACAGGGUGCUGUUUCUUCAAGAUGCCCAAAUUCAAGUUCUCCUUCAAGGUAGAGUUCAGUUUAUGUAACGGGUCACUGUAAUGUGUCUAUUAUGUGGACUAAUUGUGAUCUGACAGACUAGUGAGUGAAGGACAAAUCCGUUCAGACUGAUGUGAGUAUGCAGAUUUAAUAUUUCUUCAUUAAUCAAUUUCUGAAUUUGAACUAAUCGUUUUCUUUCUUCAUCAGAAAAUAAUGAGAGGAGCUAAAG